AUGGCUCCUCCGAGGAAACGGCGAAAGAUAGACACUUUCACUGCAGAUGAAGUUCGUGAUAUCCUAAUGGAUUCAGAUUGGGAGAUCGAAGAUCCACGGGAUGAUUCUGUCGACAGGUGGAGUGAUGAAGAAGACAUGAACACUUCAGAUGAUACCAAUAUCACGUUUCAUGAUGACCCUUCUCAUCCUUCUGAAAACGAAGAAAAUUCUGUGAAUACUUCUGCAGAUAAUGUGCCUGGACCUACAGAUGCACAUCCUUCUGACGUUGAUCAACCGGCAACAGGUCCUGCAUUAGUUCAACAAACUGGCCCUAGUCUGACACGUACGACUCCAAUAUGGACAAGAUUAGCUGAAUGCGACAAUUUUACGCCUUCUAGAGCUCCAGUAGAUGGACGAGCUCGCCUCAAAUUUGACUUCACCGACUUCACACCUGUGGAUUUUUUUUACCAGUUUUAUCCACGCUCCAUAUUUGAGCAUAUCACCGAGGAGACCAACCGCUAUGCAUCCCAGUUUUUCGACUGCCCAGAUCCGGUUUUAUCAGGUUCUCGUUAUAAUGCAUGGAGUGACACUGACGAAAGUGAGAUGAGAGCUUUUACCGCAUUGCAAAUCGCAAUGGGACUCGUAAAGAAACCAGCUGUUGCGAACUAUUGGGAAACCAUCAGCGGUGUAUUGGCAACACCGGGAUUUGGAGAGGUUAUGCCAAGGAAUAGGUUUCAAUUGUUAAAUGGUUUUCUCCACUUCAACAACAACGGACGCAUCAUCACCCGCGGAAAUCCCGGAUUCGACCCAAUGUUCAAAACUAGACCUCUUAUCGACAAAUCGGUGCCACAAUACAUGGAUUCCUACGAACCUAGUUGCCAUCUGAGUGUGGAUGAAAGCCUUGUGCCCUUCAAGGGGCGCCUAGCUUACAAGCAGUAUAUCCCAAACAAACCAAAGAAGUGGGGUAUAAAGAUGUGGGUUCUGUGUGACGCAGAGACUGGAUUUUGUUUGAAGUGGCUUCCAUAUACAGGAGCAGAGAUUGUUCCACGUGGAGCUUCGGACAGCAUUAGCGAAAGGAUUGUGAAACGACUUGUGGAGCCAUACUUUGGAACGGAUCGCGCUGUCUACUGUGACAAUUUCUACACAUCGGUAGGACUUUUACAAGACCUUGCGGCCAAGGACAUGGGUGUGUGCGGUACAGUGAGAUCGAACAGACGAGGGCUUCCGGAUGAUGUGCGUAAUGGCCAGCUGCAUCUGAAGAAGGGCGAUGAUCCGGUAUACUACCGAAGUAAUGACGACAUGCUUCUUGUCAGUUGGCAUGAUACCAAACGCGUCAAUGUCCUGUCUACGAUCGACGAUAAUACUGUUAUAAAGAAGUCAGUGAGGAGUAGGCACCACCAAGGAGGAAGGCGGGAAAUCAAGAAGCCAUCAGCUGUGAUCUCAUACAAUGCCUACAUGAAUGGAGUUGAUAGGCUAGAUCAACAAAUUAGUUUCGGACUUUCGUCAUGUUCGUUGCGCAGUGUUAAAUCAUCAUCAUCGCACUUGCAAGGAAAUAUUCACCCUUUUUUAUUCAUUCUGGAAAGUAAAGCUGAGCAAAGGGAAGAUGGAGGGGAAGGUGAAGAUAAUGCCUUCUGUGUGUCUGGCGCCCUCACGAUACGAGGUAGCAAUUCAAGCUGCAGUAGCAGUUCAGGUGGUGGUCUCGCAGGUGCCCUUGGGGUGAGCUGUGAUGCCAGCCUGUCAAGUAACGAAGACAGCAGUCUAGACCGCAGUGACUUGAUAGAUGGAAGAGAUCCUCGGUCUCACCAAGGAGUGGAUCCUAAUGACCUAGUGGCAGGGAUCAGUAAGAUUGGACUGACACAAGCUCAGCAGGGACGGACUGAAGAGUAUGUGAACCAACUCCAGCAGCAUCAGUCCCACCAACAGCUCCAUGUUGGAUGGAAUCUCGGUGCCAAUCUCCAGAUUUACCCAAGUGACCAUGGUCCUCAUUACCCUACCCCACAUCAGCCUACAACGUUCAACCCACCGCCAGCCAUUGGUUACACCUCAACAGUCCACCCGCUGCAGGGAAGCGAUCCAAGCCCGAAGGAUCAGGCUGUUAAUGUUGAUCCCCCAAAGGCCAGUUAUCCAUUUAAGGAUCUUCGAGAGCUGCUUGAAAGCCUCGGUCUCAUCAAAUAUCUCCAUAUCUUUGAGGAGCAGGAGAUUGAUUUGAGAGUUUUUUUGACACUGACUGAUAGUGAUCUCAAAGAAGUAGGAAUAAAGUUAAUGGGGCCGAGACGCAAGUUGACCAAUGCUAUAGCUAGGUGGCACAGUCAGGCAGUGCCAUUCAGUAAUACACUGGAGCAGGUGUAUGCAGAUAGGGUGGAAACAGCUAUGCAAGAAAUGGCGAUACAGCUCUCAGAGGACAGCAUGAAAAAGGAACAACUUGAAGCACAGGUCUUGCAGGAGAAAGAGCUUAGGAGUGUAGUAGAGGGAUGUCUGAUGGAAGAUAAAAAGGUCUACCAGCAGAUGGUCUCCAUGGUUACAGAUACCAGCAAACUAUGUCAUCGGAUGAGGCAGCUCUAUGAUAAUAUGAGGUGCUACCAAGUCGAGUUGGUGAGGCGUGUCCAGUCUAUGCCUUUGCUAUCAAGAAGAGAAAGUGAUUCAGGGAUGAGCUCAGAUGGACGUGGUGGGUCAUCACCGUCAUCUGACAUUGUUCGUUCAAUCAUGAGCAGUCCUGUCCUGAGAGGUACCGCAGUCAGCUCGACUCAUCCAAACGAGCCAAUGGGCUUCCCCGCUAGAGAUGGCCACAGGCACACUUCAAUAGAUCAAGCCCUCUCAUUGGAUAACGAAAAUGGUGAACUGCGCAAGCUACCAAUGGUAGACCUUGUCGAAACACUAGGCCAGCUGUCUCAUAAACUUGGUAGAAUCGUUGCUAUGGUGACCAAUAAUAUGGAUAAAAUUGUUGAUGGACAGAGUGCCUUCUCACCGAAUUCUAGUGGCAAUUCACUCCCGUAAGACAAUGGUUCCAGAUCAUAACUAUUUAUUCAACCCUUUGUAUUUAUUUAUUUAUUUAACAAUAUCUAUUUAACACUGGAUGUGAGUGAUGCCAUUUAAAUUGUGCUCUAUCGAGUAGUUCUACUUUUGACCUGAAUGUCAGAGAAUAUUCAAACAGGAAUCCUGGACUGAAAAUAAUUAUAUCUAAUUGAGUAAUAGUCAUCAAGGAAAACAUUGAAAAUUUCAUAAUUUCAAAGUUAUUGCAUAUUUUUUUGCAAUAUUUUGUGAAAACAAUUAUGUGCACUCCGUCAUGAAUAUGCAUUAGAUGGGCUGAUGGUGUAAUGCCCCCACUUUCCUUUACUAAAGCUAUUACACUAAAUGAUGAUUAUUUCAUGUUUUCAAACAUGUGUGUAUGGUAUUUCUCACUUGGAACAAAAUGAGUUGUAUCAAUGAUUUUCUUAAUUAAGUUGUCAAACCAAUUCUUUCAUUCUGGGAGGACAAAAUUUUAAGAAAUAUAAUUUCAUGUAAUAAAGUACAAGAGAAUAAGAGGGGAUAUCAGCUUGCUCAUAGCAUAUCCACGAAGACAUGCAGAGAACUGUUUCUCUUACAUAAUGCAAAAAAAUUCAUGUUAUUCCUUAUGUUAUUCCUUGUUUGAUUUUAAUGAAAUUGUCAGUAUUAUGUUUGUCUGAUUCGACUUACCUUCUAUCUAACGCUAACUAGGCCACUUGAUGUAACAAAAUCCCCUAUCCUAGUUAGGGUUUAAUCCUAUUAUUUUCAUCCUGGAGUACCCCUUCAAGGGUUGAUCACUUACCAAAGUCUGUGUUACAUUGUUUGGCUCCCCUUAAAUUAUUGUUUUUCACAGCAUUCCUGCUUUGACAUUUUUGUCUCGCCUGCAUAGCAGAGCAAGACUAUAGGUGCCGCUUUUCCAACGUAGGGGUGGCAGGGUCAACAUUGAAAUCUUAACCAAAGGUUAUGUUUUGAAAUUACAUCAUAACUUUGAAAGUAUAUGGACGUAGGUCAUGAAACUUAGACAUAAGGGUAAUCAAGUAUUACUGAAGAUCCUGCCCGAGUUUCAGGUCACAUGACCUAGGUCAUUUAAGGUCAAUGAACUUUUGCCAUGUUGGGGGCAAUCAUUGAAUUGCCAUCAUAAAUUUAACAGUUUAUGGAUAUUCAUGUAGUUCAUGAAAUGUGGACAUACAUGAAACGGAUAAUCAAAUAACACUGAUCGUAUUGCACAAGUCUUAGGUCACAUGAUCAAGGUGAAAUGUCAUUUAGGGUCAAUGAACCUAGUAUUAUAUUAUAUGAAUUGUGUUUAAUAUGAAUAAUUAUUCAGUAGCUGUUUUCAAAGUCAGCACUGCUGCUAUAUCGAAUCGUGUAAUGUAGGCAAGACUGCCAGAGGCGUUCCACUUGUCGAAAGGGAAGAAGCAGGAUAGUUUUUAAAGAUUGGUGCCUUAUGGCUAUGCCACAUAGUUUUUCUGCAUCCCCCAUUACUUAAUGGGGAGGAUUAAAUGCUGAAUGAUGAUUAUCAGAAUUCUAGCUGAAAUUAUGUGGCAUAUAUUUAGUUUAAGUUCUUAGCCUACAUUCUUCACCUUGAUCAACAACUGAAAUGUUGGUAUCUAAAAUUUCCUCAGAUCAUUGCAUAAUAAUUUGUAAGUGAGAAAUGGCUGAGCAGAAACACCUUAACAACUUUUUUUUUGGGUGUAAAUUGUUCAUUUUUAAGAUUAUCUCAGAUCAUUGCAUAGUAAGUAGUAAUUGAAGUAGGGGAGAAUAGAAAUAUUGCAAAGGUGGUAUUCAAUAUAUCCCAUGUCUCCAUUUGCUUGUAUGUGGUUGCUGGAGGCAUUUCUGUUCUUGUGGCCGUCCAUUCUAAUUUGUUUGUGUGUGCUAGUGGUAAGUUUUAAAAAUGUAGUCACAGUGUAAAACUAUUUAUAGACAUAGAAAGUUUGUAAAAUAAAUCUGAAUACAACCACA